GGAGUUGGCUCCACGUUGAAGCUCACAACUCGGUCAGCAUCUUCCCCCGCUGGUGUCUGUCUCUCUGAGGACAACAGGACACUUUAGUAUUUUUAAUUUGAGCAACUUCCCCACCUCAGCAUGACGUUCAGGAGGCUGAAGAAGGUGAACUCCAGCGGACCGGAGUCUGGACCCGCAUCUCAAGACAACGACAUUUAUUUCCCCUCGUCAAAGUCGGACAGCUGCAGGACUGUGGAGUUACCGACACGCUCCUCGGAGGUUUACAACUACAAGACUUUGGCUUACUCUGGAGGGACGCUGCCUAGGAACUUCAAAAAGGGUGGCGGCCUGCAGAAGUGGAAACCCCUGACACUGACGCCAGAACCACAAAGAAAGGUGGUGGUCCUGGAGAAGAAGGAAGAGGAGACGUUUGGUUUUGAGAUCCAGACUUACGGCCUGCACCAUCAGGACCAAAACUCUGUGGAGAUGUGUACGUUUGUGUGCAAAGUGCACGAUGACAGCCCGGCUCAGCAAGCAGGACUUAAAGUUGGGGACACCAUCGCAAGUGUGAACGAGGCCACCGUGGAGGGAUUUCGACACAAGGAGAUCGUUCAGCUCAUCAGGGCCUGCGGCAACACACUCAGGUUGGAGACAGUUUACAGUGACUCAAUCCGAAAAGCGGAGCUGGAGGCCCGGCUGCAGUAUCUGAAGCAAACCCUUCAUGAGAAGUGGGAUGAGUAUCGGUCGCUCAUGUGCCAGGAGCAGAGGCUCGUUCAUGGUAUUGUACUGAGUGAUGCUGCAGUCUACGAGUCCCUUGAGUCAGCAGGCGUGUACGGCAGCCUCGGCACUCCCAGCCCCGCCGCUCAGAGAGCCCUCCGCUGCACCGGCAGCACCAGCAGCAGCGCCAGCUUCCUCAGCACAGCCACUGAGGACGACCCUCUCUACCAGACCUGCGUGUACCAGGACGGCAGCGUGGACAACGUGGACAACACCAACACAGACAAAAACAAAGAGCAGCCGCAGAAGAAGCAGCAGCGUCUCCGACCGGCCAGCGAGCUCUUCACGUCAGCCAAGACGCAGCUGACCCGCAGCGCCAGCACACGCAGCUACAUGAGGGGAACAUCGUCGUCGUCGUCGUCCGUCCCGGGGGAGAAGCAGGGAGGUUUCAACUCGCUGCAGAGGAAGCCCAAACCCAAAAGCUUCCGCAGACGUCUCCUCAAAUUCAUCCCAGGCUUGAACCGACCAAUGGAGGAGGAGGAGAGCAAACUGUGAGCAGCAAACCGAGCUGUUCACAGAGACUUCACAGACUUUAGACUUAGAGCACCACCGACUGUUGAACUCAACUGCCAAAGAAAAAAGUACAAGCCUCCCCAAAGAGACUGAGACCAAAGUGAGAUGGCUCUACAUGUGCACCUCUUCACGUUUGACCAGUGAAUAUGUGAAUAUGCUUUGUUCUGGGGCCCUCAGUGUUUCACAGCUGUACAUAACUUUUGUUUCCUUUUGUUCUUUAAGUUAUUUAUUUAUUUUUACAUGUCUGCUUUAUGUACAGAAUGAAGGAUUUUUCAGUUUUUACUGCAUGCACCGACUUUUAUUUUGACAGCUGAGUAAAUAACCCGUUUCGAUUUGUGAUUGUUCGACAUUUUUGUAAGAGACAAGUUUGAUAUCUACUUUUAGAUGAGUCAGAUCGAUUCUGUUUUAUUUGUUUUCUGCCUGAAGUCACGGUUCCUAAAAAUAAAAUAUGUGUCAUUUUCAGA